CAAUGCUGUCUUUGUGGUCCAGCCCUCAACCUUGAGCGAAGGAGCCACGAUGCCCGAGUCCGCCGCCGGGCCGGAGAGCGAACGGCACAAGCGGGGCACGGCGGAUGGCGAGACGGCCGCACCGGCUUCAGCCGGAGUCCUGGAUAAGCUGUUUGGAAAACGACUUCUCCAAGCUGGGCGUUACAUCAUGUCCCACAAAUCGUGGAUGAAAACGGUGCCCACGGAAAACUGCGACGUGUUGAUGACCCUCCCAGACACCACGGAUGACCACACACUCCUUUGGCUCCUAAACCACAUCCGUCUGGGCAUCCCCGAACUCAUCAUCCAGAUCCGGCAGCACAAGCACACCCGGGUCUACGCCUUCUUCGUCACGGCGACUUUGCUCCGGGGUGCAGAUGAGCUCAGCUUGCGGAAGCCGGUGAAGGCGGAAUUCGGGGGCGGCAUGCGCAGUUUCUCCUGCGAGGAGGAUUACAUCUACGAGAACAUCGAAAACGAACUCUAUUUUUUCACUUCUCAGGAACGCCAGAACGUGAUCAGGUAUUGGUUGGAGAACCUUCGAGCCAAGCAAGGCGAGGUGCUACACAACAUUCACUUCCUGGAAGGGCAGCCAAUCAUCCCUGAGUUGGUGGCCCGUGGGAUCCUCCAACAGGUCUUCCCCAUCCACGAGCAACGGAUCCUCAACCGGCUAAUGAAAUCUUGGGUACAAGCCAUUUGCGAGCCUCAACCUCUAGAUGAAAUCUGCGACUAUUUCGGCGUGAAGAUCGCCAUGUAUUUCGCGUGGUUGGGUUUCUACACCUCGGCCAUGGUCUACCCGGCGGUUUUCGGCUCGCUUCUCUACUUCUUCACGGAGAACGACCAGACCAGCCGGGACAUCUGCUGCGUCGUCUUCGCCCUCUUCAACGUGGUCUGGUCCACGCUGUUCCUGGAAGAGUGGAAGCAGCGAGGGGCCGAAUUCGCCUACAAGUGGGGGACUUUGGACACCCCUGCGGAGUCCAUCGAAGAGCCCCGGCCGCAGUUCCGGGGCGUGAAGCGGGUCAGCCCCGUGACCAACGCCGAGGAAUUCUACUACCCGCCGUGGAAACGGCUGCUCUUCCAGUGUUUGGUGAGCCUGCCGGUCUGCGUCUUCUGCCUCUCCUUCGUCUUCCUCGCCAUGCUGGGCUGCUUCGAACUGCAGGAAUUUGUGAUGAGUAUCAAAGAGUUACCGCGGGUCGUGCGCUUCCUGCCAAAAAUUGUCUUGGCCGUCAUUGUCACAGCCUGCGACGAGCUGUACAAAAAGAUUGCCUACUGGCUGAACGACAUGGAAAAUUACCGCUUGCAGAGUGCCUAUGAAAAAAACCUGAUCAUUAAAAUGGUGUUGUUUCAAUUUGUAAAUUCGUACCUAAGUCUUUUCUACAUCGGAUUCUACCUCAAGGACAUGGAACGCCUCAAAGAGCUCCUGCUGAUUUUCUCUCUCCUCCAAAGCCCCGUGCGUCAGUUCAAAGGCGCCGUCCUUCCCUCCGUGACGCUCCAAUUCCACCUCUUCCUCAUCUCCUUUAAGGGCCUGCUGAGUUUUGGCUGGCAGCUUUGCACCUCCAAAAUGCUGGCCACACUCCUCAUCACUCGCCAAUUCCUGCAGAACGUCAAGGAGGUGUCUCAGCCCCACCUGUACAGCAAGUUCAAGCGGGGCGACCUUAGCCUGCAAAACCUCCGUGAAGUGGCCCACACGCUCUUCCGGCUGCUGACCCAGAAGUACACGUCGGCCAAAAGCCACGGCCCCGAGCCUCGGCCCCGCAGACCGGGCGGCCCGCCGGCGGGCCACGGGCUGGAUCCGCCGGAGGCUCCGGAGGGGGAGAAGAAAUGCCUCAACGGCGGCUGUGGGGUGCCCGAGGAAGAGGACGAGGAGAGGAAGGAGUCCGACUCGGAAGACGAGAGCAUCAUCGACUGCGGGCUGAAGCUGAAGAAAGUGAGCUUCAUCGAGAAAGGUAGCCGCAAGGCGGGGGAGCUCAGCCUGGAUGAGGUGAGCUUCUUGGAGGAGGGCAGCCCCACCAUGGUGGAGAAAGGCAUGGACCCGGCCUCCGUCUUCGAGUUGUGCGAGGACGACGACGAGAGCGACGGCGGCGGCUCGGGAAGCCCCCUGAAGGGCCUGCUGGAGGCCAAGGACCCCGCCGUGGUCUUGCGGGCCAGGAGGACGCGGGCCGCCAAGAAUCCCGUGGAAGGCGAGGAGGACGAGGACGAGGACGAGGAGGGCCGGAAGCCCUCCAGGAACUCCUGGAUCGACCCGCCAGAAGAGAUCUACGCAACGCACCUCGCCCAGGCCGAGGUGGAGAGUUGCAUGAAGAAGUACGAGGACACUUUUCAGGACUACCAGGAGAUGUUCAUCCAGUUUGGGUACGUGGUCCUCUUCUCCUCCGCCUUCCCGUUGGCCGCCAUGUGCGCCUUGAUCAACAACAUCAUUGAGAUCCGGAGCGAUGCCUUCAAGCUGUGCACCGGGCUCCAACGCCCCUUUGGGCAGCGCGUCGAAAGCAUUGGCGAGUGGCAGAAAGUGAUGGAGGCGAUGGGGGUCCUCGCCAUCGUGGUGAAUUGCUACCUGAUCGGCCAGUGCGGACAACUCCAACGCCUCUUCCCGUGGCUGAGUCCCGAGGGAGCCAUCAUAUCAGUGGUGGUGCUGGAACAUUUUGCUCUUCUGCUCAAAUACGUCAUUCAAGUGGCGAUCCCGGACAUCCCGGCCUGGGUGGCGGAAGAGAUGGCGAAGCUGGAAUACCAGCGACGGGAGGCCUUUAAGAAACACGAGCGGCAGGCCCAGCACCACUUCCAGCAGCAGCAGCGGCGGAAGCGGGAGGAGGAGGAGCGGCAGCGCCACGCCGAGUACCACGCCCGGAAGGAGCGCGAGGCCGGCCGAGAGGAAGGCAAGGCGGACCCCGGGGGCGUGGAAGGCGGCCCCGAGAAGAGCCAGGCCAAAGGCAAGGGCUCUGGGGGUUCGGGCCAUGGGUCCGAGAAGCCGAAGCGGCCCAGCUCCCUCUUGGCCACCAACAACGUCAUGAAGCUGAAGCAGAUCAUCCCCUUGCAGGGGAAGUUUUUAUCGGGGGGAGCGGGAGCGGGGGGCGCGGCGGCGCAGUCGCCCACCAGCACAGACAACAAACUCCCGGGAUUCCUCAGCUUCAAGUUCUUGAAGUCCCCCGAGACAAAACGGGAGGCCACCACGGAGAAGGUGCAGUCGCCCACCAAGCCUUUCAACCCCAGCAAACUGUUCAACUUCAGCAAGUCGGAGGGGGGCAACGGGGCCCAGCCACGGCCCGGCCCCUCGGCAGACGCAGGCGAGAGGCCUCCGGCCAGCAGGUCGCACCUCAAUGGGUUGCCGGACGAGGAGGGGUCCGAGGAACCGGAGAUCCGAACGCUGGAGGAGGACGAAGGGGGGGCGAGCCACAAACUCUAACCCCUCGC